AUUCCGUGAGAUUCAUCUCUGGCCAGGCGGUCUCUCUUGGAAGUUUGUGCUCUGGUAAUUUGUUUUUCCCAUCUGCCCAGAGAGCCAACGGAGAAGGUAAACGGUAAAUUGUGUGACACGGUGUGCGCUCCCGGUAGGAUCGAUCUACGGAAAUUCCGCGGAUUCGCCGCAGUAAGAACGUGAGCUGUUCUCUGGCUUCUAAAGAGAAGACGUCUAAGAUACGACCAUUUAAGAAACUGGAACGUUUCGGAACCAACGGGUUGGGGAAGACGUCGUAGGAAGCUGGAGCCAGUGUCAGAGUAAGUCAUAGUCGGGGCAGAUUUACAGACGAGUUGGAAGUUGAGUGAGUGAUUUUGGUAAUUGGAGCACUCGAGAUUGGGUAAAAUAAAUAGAGGAAUGAUGGCAGUUGAAAGGACGUAGAUCCAGAGUAUCCAUCAAGGGUGUUGUCUGGUCCUCGUGUGUCUCCUGACCGUUGGGGCGUCGGUCCAUCCAAUCCUUCUGUUCCAAUAACUCGUGUGGUGGCGUCUGUGUCGGGGUUGACUGUCGUCGGUGGUGCUGGCGUCGAACGGUCGCGCAGACGACGCGCGUCCGUCGACGGAGCCAGGUCGUAGUACUGGCUGGCUACUGGUGGUGCUGGUGCUGGUGGUGGUGGUGGUUGGGGUGUCGCAUAGGAGGCCAAGUUUAUAUGGACCAAGGUGCGCCGUGCUCCGUGUUGUAGCGAGUGGAACACUUGGUAUACUGUCAAGCUAUAACGCUGAAUCUUUUAUUAAAUAAAUAAGUGAGGAUCCAGAGGUAUCGAGGUGUGACGGCACCCCCAUGCAGGACAAGUCAUCGCAUUAUUUAUUGGAGCCCGCUGAUGAUAGACAGGAUGCUGAGUGAAGUUGCUCGUCUUCUUGGAAGUUUACGUCGUAGGUAAUACGGCAUCCUCUGGUGGGUCAACAGAAAUUAUACUGCCCAGUGUUAAUUCUUCAAGAGCUUGAUGGUUUGUUGCUGUAUAAACUUAGGACUUGAUCAUCGAUACCGAUUGCCACUGAUAUUGCUGGGGUCAAGAGACAAGAGACGCACAAUAAUGCGACGUCGUGCCGCAUUCACUUUUUAAUAAGUGCCAAGUGGGACGGUCCCUUGACCUGCUGGGAUAUGACGUAAUGGCAAGAGAGGAGUUACGGAACAAGAGACCUUUCAAGAUAUGGGACAGCUGGCGUAACGUACGGAAGGGUCUAGUCGUAAGCAAUUUCGAGGAGCUUUUACACCGAGGUAAAGAAAAGUUGGGCGUGCCACCGAACGAAAAUGUGUCCCUGGUGCUAGAGUCUGACGGAACACAGGUCGAGGACGGGGAAUACUUCAAGACCCUAGCGAACAACACAAUCCUGCUGUUACUGCGGCAUGGCGAGCGCUGGUGUCCAACAGGCGUCGACAUCAUCCGCGCAGGUACUGCUACUACUUCACUGGAACCCUGUUACCAAGAUCACAAAUCUGAUGGUCUGAUGUACGACAACAGGAAUUGCAAAAAAAAAUUAGCUAAAAACGAAUAUUUGUCUUUCACAGCAAUAUCAGCAAUACCAAAAAUAGUUUGUGAGACUAUCCAUGCCCUGGAGUUGCACGAUGAAACGCCCUCGUGGAAAAUCAUGGACAACAAGGGACGUGUCACGGUGGUGCUACAUUGGGACCAGCGCUCGUCAACAUCCUCGUCUUCCGGAGCUGGACAAUCACAACAGCCCCCGGUUCAGCAACCAAAAUCAUCAGAUCCAACGAGUUCUAAAUACUCACCAACUAAGAAGGCUGAUUUAAGUGGACCCGGUCAACGUCCAUCCCUCGUGAUACAGACGAGUUUGGACAAACUUGGUUACGACAAAACGGGACAUGUGGCAGAGCUAUUGCCGCCUCGCUACAGUAGCCCCCAAAUCACUGUGAUAAAUCAUGACGAUAUGGUGCAAAAAAGUUUUACUAGUCCGAGUAACAGUACGUACGUUGGUGUCGGUACUGGGACUGGUGGUGCUCCUGGUUCUGGGCCUGGUACAGGUGGCGUAGGUGCUAACUCACACUCAGGUAUGACUGGUCGUCUUGUUAAGCAGGGUACCAAUUCAUUUGAAAGCAGUUCAACCAUUCAUAUCCACACGCCCGAGUGCUCAAAUCGUAUCCACCAGCCAGUGGCACGUAACGGCAGUCCCGUAAACGGUACCGACGGUAACAAUACCAGCGAGUGUGACUUUCACUGCUGUGCAUUGCACGAGGAGGGUCGACGUAUUGCUGUACACAAAUCAGUUGCUACCUCACCUAUUCAGGACCAACACUCGGUCCAGCGCGAUCAGCACCAGCAGCAGACUCAGACUCAAACGCCCUCUCCGCAGCCGCCUUCCUCUCUCUCGGACGGAACUCGACGUCCGGGGAUGGUGAAAGGCCACGUCAGGUUUCGUGACACCGCGGAGGAAGAGUCAUCGUCCCCUCGGAACUCGGGCUUCCACAUGCAUCAUCAUCAUCUCAAUAACCAUCAUCAGGAACACGACAGCUCCGAGUCCGAGACCGAGAACACGAUAAUGGAGGACGAGAUCGUCACUUCCGAAAAGUUCUUGCUGCUGAUCGACCAGCUCACUGUCGACCAAAAGCACCAUCUGAGCAUUAAAGACAUCGGGAUUAUUUUGGAGAGACUGAGUUCGAAAAUUCUCGAUGUCGAGAGACUCGACCGGGAAAGCGAGAGUGAAGAAUGCUACAAUUGGACCAUUAAAGCUAUUAUACGUGGUGACGUCCUGAGGGAACUUGGGGUUAUUUAUAAUGGUAAUUAUUAUGCAAUCAGCGAACAUCCUGGUUACAAAGAAGAGUCUGAGGAAAAUAAUGAAGACAAUGAAGAAGAAGAAGAAGAUCGUCUUUAAUAAUGCUGUUUUUUUAGGUACAAUAUAUAUUAUUUUUAUCUUUCUUUUUGCAUUUUCAUACCUUUUUUAUCGAUUUAUCAUAUUAAUUAUUAGUAAUAAUAAUAAUAAUUAUGAUAAUGAUAAUGAUAAUUGUCGUCGGUACGGAACACUCGCACUUUUUCUGGCUCCGACUGACUUUAUUUAACUAAAUCCAAGUAAUUUUAUCAAAAUUAUGGUAAUACUGAUUAUUAUUACCCGCAACAAAAAAUUUUUAACUUGAUCUUGGAUCUACAAUUGAUCUAUUGAUGAUCCACGAACGUUCUCUAUAGAUCUCUAAGAAAUUUUUCUAGAAAUAAUCCCACACUUUUGGAAAAAUUCCUCAAAAAGUUCUUGCAGUGAAUUUUGAUAAACUAAUUAUUGAUCCAUGAUCUAUAGAUCUUUCAUCUAAAGUUUUAUUUUACAAUUUUAUGAUCACGUCUUAAAAACCGAAUGCAUAAUUUUUUUUAUUAAAUUAAUAUUUGUCUAUUUUAGAUCUACAAUAGAUCCAGAUUUUUUAAUGACAUCUAAUCUAUAUAUCAAAUAUAUAAUUGAUCUAACAAGAUCUUAGAUCAUAGAUCUAUUAAAAUCUACUCAGACUCUAGAUCUUCUUAGAUCUCAAUUUUUUUUCAAAAUUAAAAUUUAAUUUUCACUGAUUGAUCCCCUUCUUUUUGCUAUGAUCUAUGCAGAUCUACAUAGAUCUAAUGAGGAAAAAGAUCCAUAGAUCUAAAUUUUUUUCUCUAGCACACUACGCUAGAUCUAUAGAUCAUUUAUAAAUAAUCUUAUACAAAAAAUCUAUUUCGAUCUACUAAAGAUCAAAAGAUCUAUUAUAGAUCAUAGAUCAAUAACUGGUUCAUUCAAGAUUUGCAGCUCGAUACUUUUUAAAAGAUCUACCAAAAGUACGUAAUUAUUUCUCUAAAAAAAUAUAUCAGAGAUCUACAAUAAAAAAAUCAUUAAUGGAUCAAUAGAUCAAUUGUAUUUAAGAUAAAUUUAGUAAUUUUUUAUCGGGUACCAAUAUAUUAAAAAAAUUGUUUUGUUAUUUAUAAAAUGUUCUUACGGAAAAAAGGACUAAAAAAUCCAUCUAAAAUAAAUAACGAUACUUAUAAACCUUAGAUCUAAUGACGGUUGUUAAACAUGUACUUAUUAUUAUUAUUAAAUUAAUUAAUUAAUUAUUAUUAUUAUUGAAUAGUAUUAUGUAUACUUGUAGGAAACAUUUUGGGAUACGGAUGCUCUCCGUAACCGUCCACGACACUGCCCUAUCUUAAAAAAAAAAAAAUAAAAAAAAAUACAUAUGAAUAUAUUAAAGAGUUGAAAAUCCUCAGAGUGAAUAAAUAAAUAAAUAAAUAAAUAAAUAAAUAAAUAAACAAAGAUGGUUCUGAAUAAUAAAUAAUAAAAUAUAAAUAAAGAGAAUGUGGAUAUAAAACCACUCAAUUAUAUUACGUAAUUAUAAUUAUUAUAUAUAUUCACAGUCGCUCGUUUUCAUAUUAAAUGAUGUUGUUCAAUAUUUUUCAAAAAGCUUUUACUUGACACUGUUUUCUGGCUUGUUAUCUUGUUGUUUAUUAAAAAAAAAAAAUAGUAUCAUUAUCGAGAUAAAUAUUAAUAUUGAUAUUGAUUAUUAUUAAAUAAGAUAAUUAUUAAUUAUUAAUGUUUUAAUGAAUAUUUAUGUAUUAAAAUAAUUUUUUUGGUUUUUAUUCGUAGAUUUUUUUCACUGGUAGCGGUCGCUUUUUGUUCUGUAAUUUUGAGAAAAAAAAAAACCCGAUGUAUGAAAAAUAAAUUUUUGAAUUUUAAAAAAAUUACCGCGUAAAAAAAUUUUAUUCGUAAUUUAGAUUUGAAUUUCAUGACGGAACUCAGAUCGUGACACAAAUAUGACUUUCAUAAUUAAUUUGUAUCAACAAUUUUUAUCACGACAAAAUUAUGAGUCUAAUUUCGAUCAAAGUAAAUCAAGUUUGAUAAGAGAAAUUUAUUGGCGAUUUCUGAAUCGAUGAAUUUGAAAAAAGGUAAAAAUUCAGUCAAGUUUCUAUCGAAAUCAUGCCAAGUACAAUGCGAAGACAGAAUACAUUAAUUUAGAAUUGAUACGGAUUUACUAGACGAAAAGUUGGAGUAAAUUUAUGAUGAAAGUCAUAUUUGUGUCACGAUCUAAGUUUCGUCAUGAAAUUCAAAUCGAAAUUCAUUAUGAACAAAAAUUUUUUUACGGGUAAUUGAUGAUUUUUGUAGAUUAGGGAGGGGGUGAGAAUUUUAAUAAAAAUUUUGAAUGAUUUGAAUAAUUUUUCGAAUGGGAAAAAAUAUCAGUUUAAAAAAUCUACAAAAAUAAAUUUAUUUGCAACAGUAAUUAUUUAAAAAAUAUAUGUGUUUAAUUAUUUGGUAUCGUAAAGAAUAAUUUCAAUAAAAUUUGAUUAUAAAUAAAAAGAAAUAAAUCGGAUUUAAUUGAAAUUUUGAAAUUAUAAAAGUUAGCGAAUUAUUGGUGAUUCUACGGUUCCCGUGGCGCCGCCAAAUGACCGUGAAUUCUUCUAGAACUUGACGAAAUAAGACUUUCUUAAAGAAUAAAAUUUUUCGACAUCUCGCUUAGUUUUUGAGAAAAAUGGAUUUUGAGAAAAAUUAGAUUUUUUCAAAAAGAUGAAAUAUUUCUAAGAUUUUGAUAUCUUCAAUUUUUAUGUAUUUUUUUCCGGAAAGUGCAUUUGAAGACGAAAAUUUUGAAAAAAAAAAUGUCUGAAUUAGUCCAUUUUUGAGAAAGUUAUAGCUAUUUGAAAAAAAAGUCUUAUUUCGUCGAGUUCUACAAGAAUUCGCGAUCAUUUGGUGGCGCCGCAGAAACCGUAGACUUUUUGAAUUAUUAAUAAAAUUAUAAUUUACUGCUCUUCGGGGUAACGAGGGUGGAUAAAAUGAGUGUUCAAACGAUGUUAAUUAUUAAAAAAAAAGAAAAAACCAAAAAAACGUAAAAUAAAUAAAGAAAUGUGCGCGGGAUUGUCGGUGGCGUGCUCGAAGAGCCUUCGCGGCCCAUAAGAAAUAAAUAAAAUAAAAUUUAAAAAAUAAAACUAAAAAACACACAACGUAUGAAUUUGCAAUUUUAAUAUAUUUCUAUUCUAAGUAUAUAACGCAUAUACCCAAGUAGCGAUUCACUGUCGUAAGAUGAGUUCGUUUAGACUUGAGAGAUAUAAUAAUUAAAUAAAUUAAUUAAAUUAAUUAAAAAAAAAAUGAUGGAGAAAAAAACUGCAUAAUUAAAUGCAAAUUAAAUUGUAAUGAGUGUUUGUUCGAGUGAAUAAAUAAAUGAAAGAAUAUGUGACUAUUUAUUAUUUAAUAAUUACUAAGUAAUGAAAUAUAAUUUUUGGCGGUUAAUUUUAAAAAAUGUAAUUAUCGAUAGUAAUUUAAAUUUUAUUUUAAAAUUGUUAAAAAAUUUUUUAUUAUAAUUAAAGUGUAUUUUUUUUCUUUUAAAUUUAUUAUUAAAAUAUAAAUAAAAUGAAUUUUAAUUAUAAUAAAAUAUUUUCAGUAUUAUUUUGUGCCAAAGUUUGUGAAUAAAUUUUUUUAAUUUAAAAUAUCAAUAAGUAAAUGAGGAAAGAAUUUAGACAACUCGCAAUCAAUUAUUAUUAUUAUUAAAAAAAGGUUUAAAUAAAAAUGUAAGUUUAAAUGGACUUAAAUUCUCUCAUUUAAAAUGAAUGGACGUUAGAAUCUUUUCAUAAAAUGUUUUUCUUUGUAAAGAAAAUAUAAAAGAAUAUAAUAGAGGAAUUAAAUUUAAUUCCUUACUGUGAGAUCUGCCGUAAGCAAUUUGGAAAAAAAAAUAUAUAUAUACAAAUUUAUACAUGGAAAUAAAAAGGAUCUCUUGGCGUAAGAAAAAUUUUGCAGUAUGAAAUACAAAUAAAAAUUUUCUUAGGACUAGAAAAAUUCAUGGUCCUGAAGGUAACAGAUGAUUAACAAUUUUCGGAUUUUUUUUUCAACACAUCAAUUAAAAAAAAAAAAAAGUAAAAAAAUGCACAUAUAGUAAAUAAAAAAAACUACAGGUGCAAUUUUCUCAAAUAUUUUUUUUUUUAUAAUUUACUGUAGUAAUAACAAUUCAAAAAUUAUUAAACGUCAGUUCACUUCAAUGUCACGAAAAUUUAUUGACGUCAGAAUUUUUUUCUCGCUCCAAAAAAAUUUUUUUUACCCUGAGAAAAUUUUCUCUUGCAAUUCAUAAUGCAAAAAUUUUUCUAGGGCAACUCAAAAUUUUCUUCGAACGGUAAAAAUUUUUUGAACCGAGAAAUCCUUUUUUUUCUGUAUAUAAAAUAUAUAUAUAAAUAUAAAAUUGAAAACUAAAUAAAGUAAAAUGAAGAACAAUUGUAAGACGUAAGAAAUCUGUAGCCACCUCCCUGCUAAAUUACAAGACUUUGAAUUUAUCAAACAAAAAAAAAAAAAAAUUAAAUAACAAAUCGAUAAGAAUUAAAUAAUUUUAACAAACGCGUCUUUCAUUUUUACCUGCGUAAGAACAAAUCAUGUGCAAUUCUGCCUGUACAUCAAUUAAAAAAAAAAACUUAUUAAUUAAUUAUAAAAAAUAAAAAAAAAAAAAAAAAAAAAAAAAACAGAAACAUAAAUUGUAACAUUGAGUGGUUUUUAAAAAAAACAAAAUUGUGAUUUGAGUCAAUCGUUACCAUGACUCGUAACUCGUAUCUCGUAAAUUAUUUAAAAAUGCCUUUAUAUAAAAAAAAAAAAAAAUAAAAAAAAUAAAAUAAAUAAACUGGCGAAAAAAAUUAAUUUUUUUAAAGUCUUGUUCCUUAAGAUCGCGCGAGAACACGCACAUUUUGCGCACUUUGUUGGUAGGUAUAAAUUUAAAACAAUAACGUAAAAAAAUGAAAAAAAAAUAAAACAAAAAAAUAUAAAGCGCAUUUAUAUCGAAAACGGAUGACCGGAAAGCAAUUUAUUUGUCAACGGACGGUUUUUUCAAUCAUUUAGCCGACUAAGAAAUUUAUAAACUAGAUAAAUAAAUAAUAAAUAUAAAAAAAAUGUUAGUUAAUUGAUAUUAAAAUAUAUGUAUACACAUAUUUAUAUUAAUAAAUGUAAAUAUGUGGAUAUAUAUGACUAAUCGAUAAUAGAUAAGUUUAACACUAGGGACAAGAUGUUUUACAAAGGCUGCCAGUGAUGGAUUUAAAGAAACAAAUAAAUGAAAGGUUUAAUAAAAUAAAUAAUUAUUAAAUUUAUAAAUUUAUUUAUUAUUUAAAUUUAAAAUAAAUAAUAAAUUAGACUGUAAGUUUUUCGAACGUUGCUCACACGUCACUCGAUAUCUAUUUAUACGCUAAUCAUAUUCGGUAAAGUCUCAUCCUCAAAUACAAAUAAAACUAAAUAAAUAAAUAUUAAUAUUAAUAUUAAUAAUUAAUAAUAAAUAAUUGUGAGAAUGAAGGAGAGAGUGAGACUGCAUGAUUUAUGUACGAGUGAUCAAGAAUAAGUUUAUGUAAUUUU